GGUCCGUGCAUGGUCACGAGAUCAACUUCGUCCCCCACCUCAAUGCGCUCCUCCUCUAUUCGCUUAAGCUUUAAAGUGGGUCUCGCACAGGAUUGAUUUUUGAAAUUUCCCUUCCUGAAAUUCCUUUCCAUUUCAACGACAAUUCAUAUUCCAGUAGUGCGGUCAAUCGAACAAGAUGGUGAGUUGAAAUCGAAAUACUCUGAUUGCAGUAUAUCUGCGAUUAUUGACAUUUAAUAUCCCAUGUCUUUGAAUCCUUGAAAAGUCAAAUAGCAAAAUGCUUCGAGAAAUUGAAGGUUGCUGACUUUUGGAAUCUUUACAGCCUUUCACCAAGCUGGUCAAAAACUCCGCGUACUAUAGGUGAGCUCAAUAUAUCCUUUAUAAGUCAACCAUCGCAUUCUAACAACAAAUCAGUCGCUAUCAGACUAAGUACAAGCGCCGUCGUUCCGGAAAGACCGAUUACUACGCCAGAAAGCGUCUCAUCACCCAAGCCAAAAACAAGUACAAUGCGCCAAAAUACCGUCUCGUUGUCCGAUUCACCAACCGCGAUAUUGUCAUGCAAAUCGUUACCUCCGAAAUCACUGGUGACAAGGUUUUCUGCGCCGCAUACUCCCACGAGCUUAAGGCCUACGGUAUUGAGCACGGUCUUACCAACUGGGCUGCCGCAUACUGCACUGGUCUCCUUAUCGCCCGUCGUGUCUUGAAGAAGCUCGGUAUGGACAAGGAUUUCACCGGUGUUGAAGAAGCUGAUGGAGAGUACCAACUCACUGAGGCUGCUGGUGAUGAGGAGAGACGUCCAUUCAAGGCUUUCCUUGAUGUCGGUCUCCACCGCACUUCCACUGGUGCCCGUAUCUUUGGAGCCAUGAAGGGUGCAUCCGAUGGUGGUAUUCUCGUUCCCCACUCCGAGAACCGUUUCCCAGGUUUCGAUAUGGAGACUAAAGAGCUCGAUGCUGAGACUCUCCGCAAAUACAUCUUCGGUGGCCACGUCGCUGAAUACAUGGAGACCCUCGCAGAUGAUGAUGAGGAGCGUUACAAGUCCCAAUUCCAAGGUUACAUCGAUGAUGAGAUUGAGGCCGAUGGAUUGGAGGAGUUGUACCAAGAGGCCCACAAGGCUAUCCGUGAGGAUCCAUUCAAGAAGGUUGAGGGAGAGAAGAAAUCCAAAGACGAAUACAAGCAGGAGUCUUUGAAGUACAAGGGACGCAAGUUGACCAAGGACGAGAAGCGCGAGAGAGUCAAGGCCAAGAUUGCCGAAUUGAAAGAAUAAGCAGAUCAAUUUCCAAAAUAAUAUUUCGGAUAUGGGUUUUCUAGCUAGGUGAUAAAAAAUGAUACUCCCUUGAUACUAGGACAUAAAGUAUCUUGAUGAAUAAUGAACCAAUGUAUUUCUAUGCUGAAGAACAGAUGAUGAUGGGCGAUUAUGUUUUGACUUAGAUCUUGGAUUGCCACUCGAUACUAUUUUCAAAGUGUCGUUUGAUGACCCAGUACCUUUUCU